AUGGUUAAAGACGGCAGUUCUUUCAGUCGAACUACCGCAGAUAAUAGAUUGUUGACUUACAUCCUCAAUGUGAUUCAGCAACCUCAGCGAGCAAGGGCUUGUGGAUCCUCAGCAAAAUCAGCUUCCCUUGCGCGGCCUAUCGAUCCCCCACCACUUCUCAGCCUUCUCAUUUUUGAGCUCAGGAACGGCGUACAAACUGAUAUCACCUUCUCUUACGAUGCAUUGUUCUUCGUUUUUGCCUCUCUGGAAGUUGCUCGGGUCGCUAGCCAUGGCAGAUUUCACCUGGGGAAGAAUCCCCCGGUACCUAUUCUCACAGGACAUCCAGUCUCUGGGGGUUGUUACUUGGAUCGUCCUCAUGAGGGGAUUUUCUUUCCCUUUCCCGAUUUAUCUGUCAGGGAUGAAGGCAGAUAUAGACUUUGUUUCAAUCUCUAUGAGACAAUCAAGAACAUAGAAGAUCACGAGAGCACUGGAAACGAGCCCCCCCUAUGCCCUGGGCCAGCUAUCAGCACAGUCAGUCCCAGCGAGGUGACCCACUGGCGACUAGAGGUCAAAUCCGCCGAUUUUUCGGUUUACAUGGCGAAGAAAUUUCCUGGGCUCACAGAAAGCACGCCUUUGACCAGAAUCCUUGCCGAGCAAGGAUGUCGCGUGAGGGUCAGGCGAGAGGUGAGGAAGAGGCGCAAAGAA